AAAAUUCUGAGGUAUAUAAGAAUUAAGAAGGAAGACUAUUUCAAUGGUAUUACUCUGUUGAUUCUGAUCUGCUACAAGCUUGAACAUAGAAUUGAAGAGAGAAACCCUCUAUUAUUUCAUCAUUGGCCUAUUUUUGGCAUUGUAUAUCAUUGUAGCUUAUUUAUUCAUAGAACUAGUUGUUUAUGAUCCCCUUUUGAAGUAAAAAAAUACAGUAGAAGAGUGUUUAGAACUAGUUGCUCUAUUCACUAAAUUUUUAUAGAAUCCGGUGUUUAUUAUAAAACGGUUUUUUCGAUUGAACUACAGUUAAAUCGGUUGAACCAAUAAAUCAAUGAACCAAUAACUAGAGCGGUUUAAUGAUUGGUUCAGUUGUCAGAACCUUGGUAAAAACAAGCUACGAGCUUACUACCCUGAUACCCUGCUUCUGUGAGUUGAGUUUUGCUUUGAAUCUUUUGAAUUUGUUGCGAACGGAAUAGCAGAUAUAGCUUCGAAGUGACAACUGAAGAUGACAGUCAAAUGGAUUCUUCACUGGACUCCAACCCAAGGAUCCGUCGUCAAUAGCCAAAUCCUGAACGAGAUUUCGCAGUGCGUCGAGAGCUUCAACGCCGUCAAAGACGGAAGGUGGAAGGCUACCCUCACUUUCUACAGACCCAAUUUGCGAGACCCAACGAUUCCCAGUGAAUUCCCGCGUGAUUUUCUGGGGAUUUCGCUUUUGGAGCAGCCCAACAAAUACUACUUCAUAAUUCGCGGUAACAAAAUAAUCCUUGAGGCUGAUUCUACUAUCUUGACUAUAAUGGAGAAAUUGCAGUCUUAUAAAUCCAAAGUUGCUCUUAAUUUCGAGGGAGUGCAGUAUAAAAUGGGUGACUUUCAGAUGAAGGUGGUCAAAGUUGUUCCCAAUCAAGGUGAAAGUCUCAGAGGAAUUUUGAUUGAGAUUGAGUAUCUCCCUAUCUCAUCAAUUGAAAAAGCCAAGCCAAUUAUGGAAGAAUUUCUGGAGCUGUGGCGAGAAGUCAUGUCUAAAAAAUCAUUACCAGGGCAUUUCUCGCAAGCAGAACCACAUUUUGCAGAGUAUAAGCUUCCCGACAAUUAUACCUCACAACAUACAGCUAUCCAGUAUGCUGCUGCGUUAGCCCAACUAAUUGCAUCAGCACAGUUAAGGGGCUAGGAGGAUUCCUAGGUAUCUGUCCUCAUAUGUUAGUUGAAAGUUGAAAGACUUCAUCUUUCCCUUGAGGAACAGCCAGUUGUUCUAACCUUUGAUUUUAUUUAGCUGGCUAAACUCGACACCCAGUGGCAGGGUGAUUUGGUUCCACUCAACGAAGGAGACUGUGGUGAUGUUCAUAUUUCUUUGCACUCGUCAAAGGGAACACAUGUUCCACUUCUUUAGCGAACUCAAAAUAAAAUGAAAAUGUUGUAACCGUAUGAGUCAUUUUGGUUCUCACUUUUUGUCUGCCAAGUAUUACAGCUAUUGAUCCUUAUCUUAAUAUCUUAUACCUAUUGUUCAC